AUGGGCGGCCCUAGUACUGCUUUAACAGCGCCUGCUGUCUCAAAGCGGCAAUGCUGGGAAUGCCUUCGUCGCCAACUCGUGUGUGACUCGGCGUACCCCGUCUGCAACCAAUGCAGGACAAAGGGCAUCACCUGCCCCGGCUAUGAGGACAAGAAACCACUCACCUGGCUGGCCCCGGGCCGCGUCACAUCACGCACGAGGAAGCGUCGCAAAAGCCCAGUCUACACCACCACCACUGCACCUACUCCCAGCCCGGGGCCCAAGUGCAAGCCCAAGCCCAAGUCCAACUCAAAUGGCCGUCCCCCUAGCACCAGCCUGGUCACCCUAGAGCCACUCCCCGACCAAGUAUCCGAGCCAGCCGAGCCAGACUCCCGGCAGCUAGCUACAGCCCUGACGCAGAUCACACUGGGGAGUGUGGGGGGAGUGCCGCGUGUGGUGCUGAGAACUGAGGAAUGCGAUGCCUAUCAUGCGGCAUAUUACUACCUGGUGGCCACCCAGCUGGCCGACACGCCCUUUGUGCUCCCGUCCCUGCACAGGUUCGUCGACUACCUGCCGCCGGCCAUGCGCCACAUCAUCGUGGCCAUGGCGUACUCGCACCACAUCCUGCACCGGCCCUACGAGCCGGACAAGGAGACCCUCGGCCGGGAGCUGGCGGCGUUCCACCGGCACAGGGGGUACGCCAUCCAGGCGCUGAACAAGGAGAUCGGGUGCGACGCCAGCCGCGGCACCGACGCCACCAUGGUGACCGUGCUCAUGUUCCUCAUGGCGGAGCUGCAGCAGUCCCCGCUGCCGAGCUGGCGCCAGCACGUCGACGGCUUCAUGGCCCUCAUGGCGGUGCGCGGCGAGUCCCUGUCCGAGCUCAUACGCCGGGCCAAGCACAGCCGGGCCGGGCUGCUUUCCUUUCUGAUCCUCACCGUGUACAGCAACACCACGAGCCCGCCCGCCGAGCAAGUCAUGGUCGAGGAGCUCAUCGAGGCCAUCGAGCCCGUCGGGGACCUCUACAGCUUCGCAAUGUACCCCAACGCGCCCGCGCCCCUCGAGAUCUUCCUCUGCAUAGCGCGCAUCAACCUCCUGCGCCACCAGGCCGCCAGCGCGUCUCCGGAGGUGCGGGCCGCGGCGCUGCGCCCGGCCGCCGAGCAGAUCCUGCAGUCCAUCCUCGGCUUCGACGCCGAGGCCUGGGCCGCCUCCCACGCCGCCUACCUCGACGAGUGGCGCGUCGUGGCGCGCGCCUUCCGCGCCGCCGCGGCGCUGUACCUCGCGCACGCGCUGCAGCACCUGUACCCGCUCGCCGCGCGGCGCGAGCAGCUGCGCGCGCUGACGCGGCACCACGGUGCCGCCCUGAGGGCCUCGCUCGGGGAGGCGGCGGCGCGGCCGAGGGCGCGCCGCGGCAUGGCCUGGCCGCUCGUCGUGGCGGGCGUGACGGGCGCCGAGGACGAAGGGCUGCGGCGCCUGGUCAAGGAGGAGCUGGUGCGCCUGGGCCGGGAGCAGGGGGUCGCGUCGCCGGCGCAGGCGGCGCGGGUGCUCGAGAGGUACUGGGACUCUGGGCGGAGGGGGUGGGACCAGUGCUUCGACGAGCCUUAUGCGCUUGUGUUGUAG